AUCAACAUUCACAAUUCACAAAAAAUACUUGUUCAGUUAUUAAAGAUAAAUCUCUCAGAAAAGAAAAAAAAAAAAUGGUGAACACAAAAAUUGUAGCCUUGUUAAUGGUGGUGAUGAUGGUAACAAUGGGAAUGGAGAACAUUUUGGUUCAGGCAAAUCGUCGUCAUCAUCAUUCUCCUUCCCCUUUUCCUUCAUCUGAUUUUGAUGAUAGUGGUUCAAAAUCUCCUUCUCCUUCACCAAAAUCAAAAGAAAAGUCAUCAACAUAUUGCAUGAUUGGCUGUUCUUUUGAGAAGUGCUUUCACCAUGGAAAAAGCUCAAGCGAUGUGGAAAAGUAUGACUUAUGCAUGAAAAAAUGUUCGAAGAUAUGCAACAAGAAGAAGGAAAGCGAUGACAUAUAUGUCUAAAUUACUAAAGAGCAAAUGAUUGUUGUUUCGCAUCUACUAUGCCUUUGUCUUAUUACUUACUCAUCAGAUGUAUAUCUCUCAUAAUAUUUUUUUAUGAGACGUAAUCAUUAAUAAAUAUAUAUAAAGGAUAUAAUAAACAUUGAUAGUUUCUUUAAACAAUAACUAGAAUUAUGUUCAUGUUAUGCAGAGGUAAAUUAAAUGUUAAUUUAUAACAUAUAUUAAAA